AUGGUCCCACAAAUCAUAGCAUGGCAUGAUCUACUUUUAUUGCUCGAAGGUCAGCAAGUCAACUUACCUGCUCCGAAGUCUCAUUUCGCCAAAGAUGUGACAUUUAAAUCUGACACGCCUAUUUUUUGCACGACUAAACAACCGCUAAACUAUGUUAAGAACGGAUGCGUAGACGAUCGCGAGACCGAAAUGAUGAGUGCCAGAUGGAAAGUGCUUAAUCUCACGCACCAGAUGUCGGAAGACAAACAACGGGAAGUGCUACCAUGUUCAAGGUGCUUUGCACAACUUAUAUUGCAAAAUGAUCAUGAAAAUUAA